AUGAAGUGGACUACAUUCCUCUUUUUGGCGCUUACGCCACUUACUUGUGCACUCUUGCGUUUCCAAUGCUCUCAGCUAGUUGUCCAAAGACUCGACCCUUUGGUCGAGCCGGGACUUAUUCCGUCUUCUCAUGUACAUCAGAUUGUUGGAGGUAACUCCUUCAAUGCUACGAUGGAUCCGAAGAAGGACAUGCCAGGAGAGUCGACCUGUACAACUUGCUCGAUGGCAGAGGACUUCUCGAAUUACUGGACUGCGGUUCUCUAUUUCCGUGCAAGGAAUGGGACGUAUAAGCGAGUCCCUCAGUUGUCUCAGAUCACGGGUGGUGUUGGUGGGAUUACUGUUUAUUAUAUGUCCGAUGCCCUCUACGACACAGCCCAAAAAUCCAAAGUAACAGCUUUCAAACCCGGCUUCCGCAUGUUCAUCGGCGACGUAACCGCCAAAACCAAAGCCGACGCCGAACGCUUCCGCCAACUAACCUACACCUGCAUGCAAAAUUCGGGCACGCGGGCCCCCGAAAGCCUCUCCCUGCCCAACACCACCUGCCCGUACGGCAUCAUGGCCAACGUGCGCUUCCCCACCUGCUGGGACGGCGUGAACCUCGACUCGCCGGACCACAUGGCGCACAUGUCGUACCCAUCCUCAGGCACCUUCGAGAGCCAGGGCCCGUGUCCGGCGACGCACCCGGUGCGCAUGCCGCAGGUGUUGUUCGAGGUGGUGUGGGACACGUCCAAGUUCAACAACAAGGCGGAGUGGCCGACGGACGGGAGCCAGCCGUUUGCGUGGAGCUUUGGGGAUGCGACGGGGUAUGCGAAUCAUGCGGAUUACGUGUUUGGGUGGAAGGGGGACGCGUUGCAGAAGUUGAUGGAUACGCCGUGUGUGGUGAAUUGUCCGACGGCCAAGACGCAGGGGAAUGCGGCCAUGAAUAAGUGUACGCAGAAGGCGGUUGUGGAUGAGAAUAUUGAUGGGUGGCUACCUUCUCUUCCGGGAGGUCAUCAAGCUUAUUAUAGUUGAAGUCGACAAUAUCCAAAUAGGGAUCGGUAAGAGGGCGCAGAAGAGGUCUUUGGUGAACUAUUUAUUUUCAGUGGAAGUGGAG